AUGGAGCUCAUUGCGGCCACCAACUUCGGACUUGGCCUUCUGGUCCUGUUUGUGCUGUCCGACUGCUCCUGCGGGGCGCGAGGCGGAGGUGAGUUCCUGGGCGCGGCGCGCGAGAAGACAGAUGCUCUUUCUCCUGCCUUUGAAUUCCCCAUCACACCAAAGCCCAAUCCCGGAGAACCAUGGUGUGAGAUUCGAGGCAAGGUCAAUGGAAACACGUUUCUGUAUUACGCCUGUGGGAACAAGAAGGUCGAAGUCUUUGGUCCUCUGGGGAGGAAUGUGAAUGACAUAGUGUUUUGGGAGAGACAGACCGAAACUCUGAAAGACCUGGCAGAAGAGCUCAAGAAGAAACUACUUGACUGGAAAGCAGCGGAUUUUACACCCAGUGACUCUCUCUCCCUGCAGGGCAGGAUGGUGUGUGUGCGUGGGGACAACGGACGCACCAGCGGAUCCUGGGAGUUUCACAUCAAUGAACAGAUGUCCUACUUCUUUAACUCAGAGAGUGGAAAUUGGACACUUUGUCCUAGAGGCCGACAGAUAAAGGCCUCAUGGGAGAGUGACAGAGAUUUGACCAAUUCCCUCAUGAAGAUCUCAGUUGGAGAUUGUAACAAGUGGCUUGAGCGAAUACUGAUGCACUGGGAUGAACUGUGGGAGACAACAGCCCCGCCAGGCACGCAGCAAGUCACGGCCCAGUCCGGGGCCACGGCCCUCAGACCCAUCACCUGGAUCCUCCCUGUGAUUCUCAGCCGCUUAAUCAUAACUCGCAUCCAGGCAGAGUCUUUUAGAGUGACAGGCUGCUGAUUAUACCAGGAAGCCCCCGAGAGCGUCGUCCCGCUUAGCGACUCUGUUUUGCUAGGCUCCCUUUGGAUCACUUGCUGUUCGUUUUUAGACCAGACUUUAAGAAUCCAGCGACGUCACCAACUUCCAGCUAUUACAAAGCCAUAAUUAUCAAGACAGUAUGGUACUGGCACAAAAACAGACACUCAGAUCAAUGAAAGAGAAUAGAA